CCCAGUUCCUUUAAAUUCUCCACAGCCGGCUUGCCAUCAAAUUGAUAUUUCCAGAAGUUCCUCGCUUUAUGUUCAAGACCCUGCCACGAAUUGCACCCUUAUUUUCCUGCACUAAGAUCUAGUUUCCUUCUCACCGGCACUUACUUACACACCCCUCUCUUAGCCGAUUGAGAAGCGCGUACUCAAGCAUGGCGAAUAUUAACACACCAAUUCCGUCGCUGAAGCUCAAUGAUGGAGCGUCAAUGCCUAUGCUUGGUUAUGGAACCGGGACUGCUUGGUACAAAAGCGGAGAGGAAAGCAAGAUCGACCAGGGCGUCAUCGACGGCGUAAAGAUGGCCAUCAAGCUUGGAUAUACCCAUCUUGAUGGAGCAGAGAUGUACAAGACGGAGCCCGAAUUAGGAAUAGCCAUCAAGGAGAGCGGGGUUCCUCGAGAGAAGCUCUACGUGGUCACCAAAGUCAACAACAACAUCGGCGACAUUGAGGGCGCUCUGAAGGCUAGCUUGAAGAAGCUCCAGUUGGACUACGUUGACCUAUACCUCAUCCACAGCCCCUUCUGGGCCAAGACAGACGAGGAAUUGCAGCAAGCAUGGACAGCCAUGGAGAAAGUUAAAGAGGCCGGCCUGACAAAGUCGAUCGGAGUCUCGAACUACUCCCCAAAGAAUCUCGACGCCACCCUCAAAACUGCCAAGGUAGUGCCAGUCUGCAACCAGAUUGAGUUCCAUCCCUACCUUCAGAGCGUCGAUCUGCUCGAAUACCACAAGAAGCACGGCAUUGCGACCACAGCGUACGGGCCUCUCUCGGCAGUUACCAAGGCGAAGCCCGGCCCCAUCGACGACUUCAUGGCUGCCUUGUCCAAGAAGUAUGCGGUCAGCGAAGGAGAGAUAUCGCUCAGGUGGUGCAUCGAUCAGGACGUCGUCCCCAUUACCACGAGCAGCAAGGAGCAAAGGUUGUCUGAUUAUUUGCGGGCUGCUACUUUUAAGCUUACGCCGGCCGAGAUCAAGCAGAUCAAUGAUCUUGGGCAACAGAAGCACUACAGGGGAUUCUGGUCGGCAAAGUUCGAUGACAAUGAUAGAUCAUAGAAGCUGGCUGUACGCAACAGGCUUGGGCGGGUUCUAGCUUUGACGACUGUAAGCUAGGAGCAUUUGACUUCUACCACUGUAGAUAGUCUAAUUCAUACAGCCUGGGGGCCCCCCCUUGGAUUCAUG